AUGAUCCGGCAGCCCGUGCCAGCGCAGUUCGUCCAUGACCACCUCGAGGUCCUCGGCUUUGGGAGUCCGCGGGCAGCGCUCGUGCAGACGGUCAAGGAGCUCUUCGAGAAUGCACUCGACGCGGUCGGGGAUCAUGGCAUGAUCCGGCUCCAGCUGCGCCGCGACGGCGACUACCUCCAAGUUGUCUGCACCGACAAUGGCACGGGCAUGCAUGCGAACCACAUCACGCAGCUCUGUGGCGGCGUCUUUGCCACGACCAAGGCCGUCGGCCAGAUUGGCAAGUUUGGGCUGGGCCUCAAGGCCGCUCUUCUCUACAGCCAGGAGCACGUCGCCGCGUCGCAUGGCGGCCUCCAGGUCACGACGACGCUCGACUCGCGCGAGAUUCACUCAACCAAGCUCUACAUUGACACGACGGCCUCGGACGCGAGCGCGGUCAUUGCCGAGACGAAACAGUUUGCCAUCUCGGAGGACCACGAGGCGUUUUCUGGUACCGAGGUCCGGCUGCACCUGCCGUUGCCCGAUCCGGCGAGCCUCGUCGAUGCGCUAAGCGUGCUCUCGCCGUACUUUUCCGCGCUUCGGUACUCGAUAGCAAGCGAUCUCGCCGUCGACUUUGUCGUGUCAAGCGACCUCGGGCAGCCCAUGCACGUGCAGCACGCACCCACGCUGCUGGACCCGAUCGACCGAUUCUUGUGCGACGUUGGCAGCGCCUAUGACGAUAUUGUCCACGUUGAGGACAAUAUUGGUGACGUUCGCGUCAACGUCCUGGCCCACGUCCGCCCCUUGCCGUCCGUCUCGUCGGAUGAUGGCAUUCCGCUGCAUGUGUAUCGGUAUGGCAACCAUGUGCCGCUACUCGACGAUGGCGACCUUGCGCAGUGCGCGAUAUCGACUGCUCUCUUGCGCAGCAGCCUCUGGAAGCCGCUCGGGUUCAAGUGCACGCUGAGUGACCGUCGUUUUAUGCUGCAGCGACCGGGUCUCGACACCGACGACGACGGAGCCUUUGCGCUUCUUCUGGUCCUCGAUGUCGCCGCCGACGCGCUCAAGUAUUGCUCGCUCACAAAGACGAGCUUGGAUCGAACGUACGAAGACGGUAUCCAUCGCGUCCUUGCUGCCGGGCUGGAGAAGCUGCAGGCGCUGCACCCACAUCGCCUGACGCCACUCUCGCUGCUCCGCGGCCAUCGCGCGUACACGGAAUAUGUACCCUUGAUUGCGACGGCGGUCACGGCCAUGGUGCAAGCCUCCAGAAACCACGUGCACUUGGACGCAGCUCACUUUGCGCCCGGUGGCUUCCUCUUUGAGGUGGCGUCGCCCGCCGACCUCGAGGCGCGCUUGGUGUUCAAGAUGCAGCAGCUGCUGUCACCGUCUUCUCUCUAG